UUUGUACGUCUUUCAUGUUUCGUGAAAUUCUAAACAUUCCACAAUCUGCAGAUUCAAAAUGAAUACAGCAUAGGAAAAUCAAUUUGACUUUCGAACGAUGAACAAAACGAAGUUGACCACACUGUAUUUGCUUUACUUGAUUGCGGGACAACUUUUUGCCAAAAAAGCGCCAUGUCAGAGAGAUAAAUGGAUGUAUUCCACACUUACGGACAGAUGCGUGCGAUGCAAGUGUCAAAGAGGCUACGAGAAAGCGAUUAACGAGGAAAUCCCCUAUGACAAGGUUCUUGGUGCUUUGAAGUGUCCAAACUGUACUCGUUGUGAUUCUGGUUACUACAGUAACAGACAGACAAACUUCCAAUGUGUUGAGUGUUCUACGCCAUGUAAUGUAUUAAACAGACUUUCAAUAAGACCGUGUACCGGCCGGGCCAAUGUUAAAUGCGGAGAAUGCAUUACUGGAUACUAUGAAUGGUUAAAGGGAGCUGUUUCCUGUACAUCAUGCAAAGAUAACUGGAGUUUGCGUGAAUGUGGGACAUCCCCAGCAAUAUCAACCGAAUUUUCUCCAAUGGAAUCUACAUAUGGGCUACUGGAAAUAAAAAAUGACAACACGGAAACCUAUUCGAUUCCAUAUGAUCUGAAAUCGGCAAGUUCCCGAGAAAUAACUUUGGUUAUUUUAUGCGUGGUCUUGGUAGUCCUUGCGAUCCUAGUACUCUCUGUUUUGUACUGUGUCUACAAAGCCUGCAGUGACUCAAGGAGGAAUCGUAACGGCUAUACUUUUGGCUCAUCUUCUUCUCAAACUACUGGAUCUUCGGGUUCCUUAUUAAAAGGAGAUGUGCCAAAUUCAGAUCUUGAAAUGGACACACAGCCAUUGGAAGGUAAUGUUCCCGGAAACAAAGAAAGAACGCUUGAUUACGAUGAAGACGAGGUAAACAAGCUGAAAACCAUAGUUGUCCAGAGAGAUGGUAGUCUACUUCGAACAAUCGCAACAAAAAUUGACAGAGAUCCAGCUCGUGUUUUUAUGGAUCUAGAAAUAGGAGAUCACGUGGUAUUUCAAGCGAAAAAGAAUAAUGAACUUCAAAAGCUUCCCAUUGCAGAGUGCUAUUUAACAAUUCUCAAAAAGUGGGUGGAGAAAAACGAUAAAAAGGCAACAAAAGCGAUACUUUAUAUAGCUUUUUGGAACGCUGAAAUGUACUCAGUUUGUCAGCUGAUUUCUUGUGAUGACAAAUUAUGAUAAACAGAAUUUUGCAUUGUUUACACUUGGACGGAUUCUUUUCAACAUAGCUCAACUAUUUAUUGAAUUGAUCUUUUCGCUUUAGAUUAGGAUAAGCCUAGUUAACGCGCUAAUCAAGUACAUGUUCUUUCACUUGGAUACUGUUAUGCUCAAAAUGUAUUCUAGUUAUAGUUAAACAUGUAUACCAGUUAUAGUUAAACAUGUAUAAAAGUUAUAGUUGAACAUGUAUACCACUUAUGUUGUUUUCUGUUCACUAUCAGAGAAUGGGAUUUUUUUUUUUAAAUUUAUUUUAUAGAUCAAUAAUAUGACCUGUUACCUUAGUAAAAAGAAAGAAUGUCUAUUGUUGAUUAAGACAAAGAUACAUUGUUUUGAACAGUAGAUUCCGAACUGUAUUUCAGUCGCUUGCUUAAGAAAUGUGUGUCAGUUUCGGAGAUUUUAAUGGGUUAUGUUUAAGAUAAAAUUAUCAUACGGGUUCUGAAUUAACGUUUUGAUUUUUACACGUAUUGUUCAUAACGUAGUGCAAUUAUUUGGAAUUUAUGUAUAUACUGAGUAAUGGUCAUUUGAUUUUAUCACAGAUAAAAUAUCUUUAAGGCUAAAUUUUACAAUAGAUAUGGAAUAUAUACAGAACUGCUGGUUCUGCCUUGUGUAUGUUUUUUGUUUGUUUGUGCAUGUUUAACAACUAUUUUUGAUACAAUGCUGUAGGGGUUGCAGGUCGAUCCAAGUGACUAGGUUGAUUAGGUAGCAUAUUCUUUUUUCCCAUAACUUAUGUAGAUAGGAGUUUUAUGUCAAACUAUUUGGCCACAUUUAAUGGAGAACAAUUUGAUUUAUUUUCCUCUUCCAAAAUCACAAUGAUUAACAGCCCUUGAAUCUUGGCACAUGUAUAUUAUUUCAAGUGUGUACUUUUCCAUUGAUUUGAGAAGUAUUCCGAACAAAGUUCAAUGAUAUUAAAAUUUUCCAGAAACCAGCCAUGACUAUAUGCAGCUAAUUGUUUUCCAAAGCAGUAAAUUGUUCAGGUCCUUUUGGAUUUAAUCCUAUCCUGGGAUUUGUAAUAGGGCAUUGUUAUGUAUAUGCAAUGUUAAUAUUUACUUCGUCCAGAUCUCCACUGCUUUCAUAUUAUGCAUAAUGAUUUCAAAUGAUAUUGAUCAUUCUAUGAUCUCCUUGACUUUUUUUCAUUAUUUCUUUCAAUGACUUUAUUGUACAUUCACUGAUAUUGAGAGGGAGAGAGAGAGAGAGAGAAAUUACGUACUAUGAACAUAGGUAUCAUGCAUGAAGUAUGUUAAACAGUUCUGAAUGCAUUAAUUGACAUAUCAAACUUGAGAUUAUAUUUACUUACAUGUAUAUAAGUCAUAGUCAGUUGUUUCCACAAUUUAAAGAGUGUAAGUAAGAGAGCUUACUUAACUUCGUUAUUAAGUAAAGUAGCUCUCUAAAACCCCAGUCACAUUUCCAAAAACGACCAACGGCCUACGGUUUUUGAGGCAAAAAUAGAAUUCUUCGGGCGACAGUCGGUUGUUCAUCGGCCAUUGUCUUGCCCGAUUUUGACCUCUUUUUUUUUUUUCGUCGGUCGGCCAAUUUUAUGUCUAUCGGGCAAUGUUAUAAUUUUUUCUGCGUCGGUGCCCGAUUCCUUCAAUUGAAGCAGUCGUUGAAUAGUCUGUCGACCAACCUUCGAACAUCGUCCGACCAUCGGCAGACAGUUCGUUAAGUCGGUCGAUCGACAUUUAGGAAUUGGGUUUUCGUAAAUGUCGGCCGACGGUCAAAAUCAAACUGCGGCUCAGCGAAAGAUGAUCGGGCGACUGUUGGCGGACUUUGAGUUAUUUAAUUUUUGAAAGUUAUCGGUGUUCUUAGGAAAUAAUGUGACUGCUCCGUUAUUAAGUAAAGUAGCUCUCUAAACUUCCUACGGUUAUUAAGUAAGGUGGCUGUCUAAAAUUCGUUACAGUUAUUAAGUAAGGUGGCUGUCUAAACUUCGUUACAGUUAUUUAGGUACUCUCGAAACUUUGUACAGUUAUUAAGCAAGAUGGCUGUCUAAACUUCGUUACAGUUAUUAAGUGAGGUGGCUGUCUAAACUUCGAUCGUUACAGUUAUUAAGGUAGCUCUCUUAACUUCACUGCAGUUAGUAAGGUAGCACUAUAAAUUUUCUUAGUUAUAAACAAUUAAAAUAAUGUUACUGAUACAAAGCAGAAGUCGGGAGCUACAUUAAAUGCCAUAGUCCAAAACUUCAUUCGUUAUAGAAUUCUACUCAAUAUUAGACAUUUACAUGUACUUUAAUUUUUUCAACUGAGAGUUAGUUAACGUAUUCGAAACCAAGGCUCUCCCCUGAGAAGGUUGUUGACCUACUUAGAUCAUUACCUAGAGCCACCAAUGUCCAUAUAUGUGUAUGUAUAUAGAUAUAUGUUGUUUUGUAUUGCGAAUAGUUUUUUCU